GCCUGCCUCCGCACGGGAGCUGUGACUGGCUGGCGCUUAUCUGAACGACGCCACCAGGGGCGGGCAGAAGAAGGGCGCAAGCGCACUGCGUCGCCAGGCUCGGGACCCUGUUCCGAGGGACUAUGGCGCUCAACAAGAACCACUCGGAGGGCGGCGGAGUGAUCGUCAACAACACCGAGAGCAUUCUGAUGUCCUAUGACCAUGUAGAGCUUACGUUCAGUGAUAUGAGGAAUGUGCCAGAGGCCUUCAAAGGGACCAAGAAGGGCACCGUCUACCUUACCCCGUACCGGGUCAUUUUUCUGUCCAAGGCGAAGGAUGCCAUGCAGUCUUUCAUGAUGCCCUUCUAUCUGAUGAAGGACUGUGAGAUCAAGCAGCCUGUGUUUGGGGCAAACUACAUCAAAGGGACGGUGAAGGCCGAAGCAGGAGGUGGCUGGGAAGGCUCUGCAUCCUACAAGCUGACCUUUAUGUCCGGGGGCGCCAUCGAAUUUGGACAGCGGAUGUUACAGGUGGCAUCUCAAGCCUCCCGAGGCGAAGCCUCCAGCGGAGCCUAUGGUUACUCUUACAUGCCCAGCGGGGCCUAUGUCUUCCCCCCGCCAGUCGCCAAUGGAAUGUACCCCUGCCCUCCUGGCUACCCCUACCCACCGCCCCCACCUGAGUUCUAUCCGGGACCCCCCAUGAUGGACGGGGCCAUGGGGUACAUGCAGCCCCCACCGCCGCCCUACCCCGGGCCCAUGGAGCCUCCGGUCAGCGGCCCCGAUGUCCCCUCCACUUCUGCAGCUGAAGCCAAGGCCGCGGAAGCAGCUGCCAGCGCCUAUUACAACCCGGGCAACCCACACAACGUCUACAUGCCCACGAACCAGCCUCCACCACCUCCCUACUACCCCCCCGAAGAUAAGAAGACCCAGUAGACCCCGCCACCCCCUCCUCCUGCCUCCUCUCAUUCUCCUCCCCUCCCCUUGGGGCUGAGUUGGGGCUGUGGGGCGUGAUGGGAAGGGCUUGUCCUUCCUCCAGCUCUGAUAUAAAACAGUUAUCAGGAACUCGCCUCGAGGGAAGGGGGGCCCCGUGACUCGGGGCGGUGCCUCCCAGUUUCCCAUGUAAGCCCGGAGCCCGCUGGCUUCCUGCGCUGUCCCAUGGCGGGGUGGGGGGCAUCCCCCCACCCUCCUCUGUCCCUGUUCUGCUCUCGUAGCUUCUGCCCAUGGAGGGACUCUCUGGCCACCUCCUCCACCGCAGUCCAGCUCUCUGAUUUUGUAGCUGCUUUACCCCCAGCCUCACAAGCGCUGCCCACGCCCCCGCCCCGGCGCCCUGCCAGGCCCCACUCAUUCCGUCUGCCCUCGUCUGUGCCUGGCUAAGGAGGGCCGCCUGCCUGCCAACUGCCCACCUGCAUUCCAUCCCCAGCCGGCCGCGCCCCUUCACGCUCACCUUCCCGUCCCUGCCUCGUCCUGGGUCUUUUGUCACCUCUGCUUUCAACAUUUAGGGUUUCCCACCAGCCGCCGGGGGUGGGUGGUCUGAGGGCAGCCAUGACUGGGGGCAGAGCCCCUCUGCUGCCUCGCUGGUUUUUCUGGAGUUUGUUUCCGUUCACCUCUCCUUUCCCUCUAGAGAGGGCCUCUCGGACUAGAACUGGAGAAUGCAUGUCCACUUCAUGUCCACUUGGGGGCCGCCGGGUGGGCUGGGAACCAGACCCCUGGGGCCUGGCCUGGACAUUGACCAUGAGCUCUUGCCAGCCCCUCAGCCUGCCUUCUUCCCUUUAAGCUUCAUACCUGGUUGGCAGUGUGUCCCCUAAAUGCACUAAAAUUUUGCUCUCACUUGCUCCUGGACUGGCUGUGAAGAGAGGAGAUGGUUAUUUAGAGGAUUCCCUAUUUAUUUGACCAAAAAAAAUUCAGUUAAUAUAUUAAUGUGAAAUAAAUCCUGUUUGCACCUUGACUUGUCUGCUGAACAUGUGAACUAGUAAAAAUGAAGUGACUAGA